AUGUAACAGAAUAACAAUUAUGAAUAGCUUAUAAAAAAGAAAAUCAACCUUAUAAAUGAUUUUGAAAGUGGCAAGAAAUAGUAUUUGAAAGACAUAAUCGAACGUCCAGAUACUCCGUAAUUCUCAGAUAGAAAAAGAAAUGAGAAUAAUGUAAGAUUGUAAAUAUUUAAUUUAGAACUCUUUCAUUAUAAUCAAAGGUAUAAACAAAUUAUACAAUUUCCAGAAUAAAUAGAGUACGACAUUAUUGUGGAUAAAGAGACAUUCUCAUCUUUUGUAGAUGUCAAACCCUAUUCAGAAUAAGAACUGAGUCAGAUGAUGAAUUAACUAUACUUAUUUGUAGAUUCCAAAUUUUGGAAUUUCUGUUUAAUGUUAGCAUAUGUAAGUGUUAUUCAAUUUUAAUCUAAGACUGAAGACACUUGGUAUUAAUAAUAAGUAAUUCCAUAUGAUAGAAUGGCUAAGAUUUUAGGUUAAAUAUUUUCAUGUGUUGAGAAAUUUGAUGAUUAAGUAGCUUAAGAUUUAGAAAAGGUUAUCAAUUAUAGAUCAUUGGCACAUUUGGAUCGAUUAUUAUUUGAAAAUAGAUUACCUUAAUUUGAGAAAGUAAUAAAAAUGCUUAGGUCUUAAAUUCUUAAUAAUCCUCAUCCUGCAUUCAUUUUAAGAGAAGUUAAAAUCAAAGAGAAACCUUUUGAUAGUUUCUCUAAAUUAUAAGCAUACAAAUCAUAUACACCCACAAAAAGUAGUACAUCUACUAAAGGUAUAUAAAGAAGUGAAAUGCUUUAUAAUCAUUCUAAACAAUUAUAAGAAAAAGCUCGACAUGGAUAUUUACUAAAAUUGAAAUAAGAGAAUGAUGAGAUGUUAUCCUUUUAAAAGAAUGUUAAGAAAACUUCUGGAGAUUAAGUAUUUGAAAGAUUAUUUAAUGAUUCCAAAGCUUUAUAAACAAAGCAAUAAUAAUAGGUUGUUAAUAAGGAUGUUUUGGAUAAGGAAUGCACAUUUAAGCCUGAGAUAAAGAGUACAUUAAUAAAAAGUGAUUAGAAGGUGGAUUAAAUUCCUGGAUUUGAAAAUACUAUAAAAAGAAUGUAGAAAGCCUAAAAUGAGAAAGAAUAUAAAGAAAAAUAUUAUGAAAUAAAAUAAUCUUAAUUAGAAAAAGUGAAUAAUAAUAAGGAAAUCAAAGAAUUUAAGUUAUCAGAGAGAGAAGAAAAUGAAGAGCCUAUAUUAUUUUUAGAUGUUCGAAUAUCUAAAAAUAAAAUAGGAAGACUUGGAGUAAGGAAAAAUGAUGAUUUAUAAUAAGUAGUAAAGAAUUUUGCAAAAAGUAUUCAAUUUAUUUUUAUUCUAUAUAGCAUUUGCAUUGUAAAAAACAUAAAUAGAUUCUUUAUAAAAGCAUAUUAAAAGUGCUUUGGAAACAUUAAACAAACAUUAAGAGUAAUGA